UGUUUAUUCAACAUGUUGUUACAUCUUUACUGGUUUGUUGUACUGACUGGCGUUAGUUGGGUUUGUCCCACUGACUGACGUUAGUUGGGUUUGUCCCACUGACUGACGUUAGUUGGGUUUUGUCCCACUGACUGACGUUAGUUGGGUUUGUCCCACUGACUGACGUUAGUUGGUUUUGUCCCACUGACUGACGUUAGUUGGGUUUGUCCCACUGACCGACGUUAGUUGGGUUUGUCCCACUGACCGACGUUAGUUGGGUUUGUCCCACUGACCGACGUUAGUUGGGUUUGUCCCACUGACUGGCGUUAGUUGGGUUUGUCCCACUGACCGACGUUAGUUGGGUUUGUCCCACUGACUGACGUUAGUUGGGUUUGUCCCACUGACUGACGUUAGUUGGGUUUGUCCCACUGACUGACGUUAGUUGGGUUUGUCCCACUGACUGACGUUAGUUGGGUUUGUCCCACUGACUGACGUUAGUUGGGUUUGUCCCACUGACUGACGUUAGUUGGGUUUGUCCCACUGACUGGCGUUAGUUGGGUUUGUCCCACUGACUGACGUUAGUUGGGUUUGUCCCACUGACUGACGUUAGUUGGGUUUGUCCCACUGACUGACGUUAGUUGGGUUUGUCCCACUGACUGACGUUAGUUGGGUUUGUCCCACUGACUGACGUUAGUUGGGUUUGUCCCACUGACUGACGUUAGUUGGUUGUUUGUACGGACUGUUGUUAGUUGGUUGUUUGUACGGACUGUUGUUAGUUGGUUGUUUGUACGGACUGAUAUAAUUUGUCGUACGGACUGUUAGUUGGUUGUUUGUACGGACUGUUGUUAGUUGGUUGUUUGUACGGACUGUUGUUAGUUGGUUGUUUGUACGGACUGAUAUAAUUUGUCGUACUGACUAAUUAGUUUGUUUGUCGUACCGUGUGAUAUUACUUGUUUUUUUGUAUGUUGACUGAUAUGAUUUGGUUUGUCAUACGGACUAAUAGUUGGAUUGAUGGCCUAUUGAUGAACUGUCAAUGCAUCCCAUUAACAGUCCGUGCUAUCUGGCACUCGUGGGCUCUUCCUCACUUUAGUCGUCGAUUGCAUCACUAUUUUGUGAACCUCAUCAGUUCGUUUUUUGUACUGACUAAUAUUAGGCCUAGUUGGUUUGUUGUACUGAAGCAGAAGAGAGAUGCCCAACUCAUCAGAAUCUGUCGCCCACAAAGCAAGAGAGUGUUGAAUUUAGCCAACAAUAAAAUGAAUGGCUUAUUUGCUACAUGUGGUUUAUUUAUAAUAGAAGUUUUGUAAUGCUUAAGUUAUGAGUGUACUGAUAUAAGUAGGACACAUGACAUCAUUGUCACUUCACAAAAAACACUAUCUCGGAGAUGGCUAUGCAUAUUCAUGGGAUGAGGCUAGCAGCAUCUCUCUCCAUUGAAUACAGGCGUUUAACGUCGCAACCCUCAUCGAAUAUUCAAAAAAGGAUUACAAUAAUCCACCAAUCCAAAGCAUAGAUAGGCAGGAGCUAGUCAGUCUGCCUUGCCGCUUCGUGGACAACAACUCCCAUUGUUAAGGCGGGAAGACAUGUAUCUUGUCAGUAUAUCCAUAAUCUUUGAUUAUACUGACUGAUUGAUAUCUGUUGGUUUGAGUAGAGUAGUACUUUAUUGAUCCCAACUUGGGAAAUCGUUUUCACUCAGCAUCACUAAUAAAUUACAAAGACAAUGAUAAAAAUGCAUAAUAAGACUGCAUGUUAGUAGCCAUAAAAGAUGGAGAGAAGUUUAAGAUAAAUACUGUUGUCUAUCCUACUGCUGUGAAACAAGCAAUAACAUUCCUAUUAAGAAGGCACCAUAAAUGAGUCAUUUGUUAAAAAGCCUCAUGGCUGUGGGUAAAAAUGGCCUUCUGAACUGCUCUGUGGAGCUUCUGGGCAGGAUGAACCUGCUACCAAAGCUGCUCCUGUGUGGCAUCAAAAUGCUGUGUGGAGUGGGUUGAAUUAGUCUUGUCAUCAUCCUGUGUCUCAUUGUUAUGUACUGUGUGUCUGUUGUCGUAGAGAAGCGGUUUUCCUGUCCUAUGUGUGCUCUGGUCUGCACCGACGCCUUCAUCCUACAGGAACAUGUUGAAUUACACUUGCUAGAAGAGAGCCCAGCUGAAGAGGCUGUCCUGGGGGCCACAUCAUCAACCGAGGCAGCAUCAUCCAGCAACAGCUCAGGUGGGAAGAGUUAUGAGUGUCCCCUGUGUUCCAUGGUGUGUGGAGACUGCUACUCCCUACAGGAACAUGUGGAGCUGCAUCUUGACUAUGGCACAGCCCCUAGUGCAGUGAGCCCUGGCUCAGACCUGAGGCUGGCCAGACGGCUGCAGGAGGAGGAGAAGCAGAGGAGGAAGGAGCAGGAGGCCAAGAGGGAGGCAGAGGAGUUCAAGAAGCUGCAGAGGCAGUUUGGUGUGGACGGGAGGGGGGGCUACCGCAAACAGAUGGAGAACGCCGUGUCUCGAGGUGUCAUGGUGCCUGCUCACUUCCACAACAAGAGAGAUGAGAUGAUGGAGGCUCUGGCCUCAGGGGUCGACGAUGGCAGGACCAGAACGCAAGGUGUGCUGGGUGCUCUGUAUGUUUACUACCAGAGGGAGGCCAGAGACUGUGUCCACGUGUGGCUGAGUGCUGACACAGACCACUACUGCUCAUCAGAGGGGGAUAAGGGCUGGGGAUGUGGCUACAGAAACUUCCAGAUGCUCCUGUCUUCUCUGCAAAGAAUGGCGCCCUACACUACCUGUCUCUCAGAGGGGUCAGUACCCAGCAUCCCACAGGUGCAGGUGUUGAUAGAGGGGGCGUGGCGGGAGGGGUUAGACCCUCAGGGUGCCACCCACUUUAACCAGCGACUACAGGGCACACGGGCCUGGAUAGGAGCUACAGAGAUCUACGCUCUCUGCACCUCCCUCAGAGUCAGUGCCCGUGUUCUAGACUUCCACCAGCCCACGGGCCCAGGGGACACCCACCCCCGCCUCUUUGACUGGGUGAAGCAGUAUUUCUCUCAGACUGCCACCAGAGGCGCCCAACUACCGCCCCGGGUGGUGCAGACCACACAGCCGCCCCUCUACCUCCAGCACCAAGGCCAUAGCCGCUCUAUAGUAGGAGUGGAACAGAAGAAGAAUGGCAGCCUGUGCCUGUUGCUCCUGGACCCUGGCUGUACACCAGGAGAUGUGAGGAAAUUGCUGAGCCAAGAUGGCUCCACUGUUAGCACAGCUGUCUGCCGCAUGAGGAAGUUUCCUGGCAACCUGAAACAUAGGCAGUACCAGGUGGUGGCUGUAGAGGGCAUGCUCGCCCCCGUGGAGAAACAGACCCGCAUUCUCAACUCAAGAACACUGCAAGCCGAGAGGAUCCCUUGAUGCUGGAAUGCAGUUUUGUAAAUGUAUAACUGCCAAAAACAGUUCAUGUUUAAUUUUAUUAAGGUAAUAAAUGAUGUAUUUUAAUA